CGCUGCAAUGAGUCGUUCGAUGACAGAUAACGAAGGUGACAGCAUUCCUCGGGUGACAAGCACAGCUCGAGACAGAUGUUUGUAAACACAAAUUAAUUUUUUUAAGUGCGUCUGAACGAGAUACCUGUAAAACCGGAUAUACCACAAAGUUCAUUUGGUGACUACGACUAAUUACGAACAAACUGUGGUCGGGGUGGCGACAUGUUUAUCACUGCGCCUUUCCUGCUGACAACACGCUGAUGCGCAUGCGCGCUCACCUGGACGCGGCGUUGUUACCUGUUUACUUGUCACGCACAGGAGAGCAAGCGACAGUUGGAGAAGGACGAACUGUGUUUUGCAUCUGCUAAACCACUUACAGGUUAAGUAGGUGAACGUAGUUACCUGGAUUGUUAACAUUUCACUCACCAAGCCAUCCACGGGAACACCUGGCAGAGGGGAUAACACACAAGGGUCCGCAGGAACAAACAAGUGAGUAUCAUUCACAGUUCUCCAACAAACAGUCCCAAACAGUCCACGGGUCUCACACUCCAGGAAGUAAUAGUCUGAUUCUAACCAAGAAGACGACCCGGUCGCCAUGGCGACCAAUGAGCCACAAGGACCGUCUCGGCGGAUCACGUUUUACCCGAGCGCGACUUCAUCUAACGGUGAGCCGUCGGUGAAUAAACCGUACAUGCAUGGUCUGACAGAGAGGGACAGAGCUCCACAGCGUCCUCCAGCCGGCCCCAGACCCAUUCCCUCCGUGUCUGGGAGCCAAGAAAAGCUCUACCCAACUUUUUCGCGAGUACCCGAGCCUCAGCCUCCGCCACAGCGUUUUCCACGACAGGGUCACCAAAAUUCAAGCGCCGAGGAAAGGUCUGCAGUGGGGCUGUACCCUACUUUGCAUGGCCCAUCUGUGAGCUCUGUAACACCGCAAAACUUGGCUGACACCCGACCUCAGACGGUUCCUCUGGUUUACGGAAGUUCGUUCAAAGUUCCAGAUGAGGGUCCAGUGGUUUCGCCACCGCCGCAGACGACAGGUGGAAACACCAACCAAGCGUUUGUCGGAGAGACGAAAGGUCCUGGUCCACGAUAUCAGAACGUCCCCUCCAUCACAACGAACAAUACCGGCAGAAAAUACAUGGAAAAGCCAAGCUACACAGAAGGUCAGAGACAGGCUCAGGACAGAGUGACACCAGAGCAGAAGUCUAGUCAUUACGAUGUCAUCGGCGUCGUCAUGGACAACAGCAUCGAGGAGGAUCGCGGCGGAACAAAGGGAAAACCUGCGGACUACCGACGCAAUCAAAGCGCAGGUCGCGCGACAUCCUCCACAAGUUUUGAUGACAUCGCUUCUUCAAGGAAAAAUCGUCAAGGGGCGGGCACUCCCAGGUUUGGUCUUUGGCUUGCCCUUGCUGUCUUCGCCUUCUUCUUAAUGGGGUGGAUUCCUGGCGGUAUGGCUGUGAUGUUUAUCUGGCGGGCCCGCUUUCAGUGGGACAAAGGUCACAAGGACGAUGCCAGGCGCUCGCUGAGAAUUGGUCAAGUCUGCUUGCUUGUGUCCCUGGUUGUGGGCAUCGCGUGCUGGGCGGCCAUCGGGUAUGUCAUCCACAGGCAGACAGUCCUGACGACAGACACCACAGUGUCCGACGGUAGACCAAAGCUUCAGUAUGGCGAUCUCCUGACCGAAGAGAGGAAAUCUAACUUCUUCUUGGCUGGACAGCAAAGUCCAGUUUAAGUAACAGACCAAAAUAACCAAGUGACAAAUAGUUUCUACAUACGAUUUUAAAAGUUGUAUAAUACAUCGUCUUAACAUUUAGAAAAUAUUCUAAUGUUGCUGAGUUGAACAAAUAUUAUUGUUUAUGUUGAUUUUAGGAGGGGAAAAAAGUACUUCGACCUAAAGGUGAUUCCGAACUGUUUUAAGAACAAACAUAACCCAUGCAUAUCUAGCAAAUUAUAUGUUUAUAGAGAUAGAUGAAGGUGUGCAGUAUAAGGGAGGCUAAUCUAGAAACAAACAGUCUCAAGGUAACCGAGUUGUCCCCCUUUAUAAAUAUUCUGGCUCUACGCUCGCUGAAGCCGCCUGUGGAAAAGGCUAUUAUCUUCACGAUGUUCAUUGUUUCGUUUUUGAAGCUACUACAUUACUUUAUUCAUGCACAUCUUAAUUAACUCAAUCAGUAACUCCAUUCUCACUCUAGUCCCGUGUUUGUGUGUGUGUGUUAGUGGGGAUGUGAAGGUUGUGUGUGUGUACUAUUAUUCAGAAUCUUUCCUCUAUUAAACAGUUGUAUUGCAUGCUCUUAACAAGAA